GUGUCCGUCUGGAGAUAAAAGGGGAAGCUUAUGUCCAUUGGAGUGAAACUGAGACUACUGGAACUGGUGAAAACUCAACCACCACAACGCUACAUUACUCAGCUAGUGAGAAGUAUUUUAGUUAUACUAUCAUCCUCUAUGGCUCAGGUCCAGUUAUGGGAGCUAAUCAAGUGAUAUUGAAUGGCGGAGAGCAUCACUAUCCUUUUGAGUUUAUACUUCCGUACAAUAUUCCAUCGUCAUAUGAAGGAGGAACCGGAUAUGUAAGAUACUACGUAAAAGCUAUUAUGGAUAAGCCUUGGAAAUUUGAUCAUAAGUGCAAAAUUCCGUUCACUGUAAUUUCUGUUUUGGAUCUAAACCAGACACCAAAUGCAUUGCAACCAAUCCACCAACAAGGAACCAAGCAUUUCUGCUGUUGUUGCUGCAAGUCUGGACCAUUGAGUGCUCUGGUGAAUUUAUAUCGGACAGGUUACGUAAGUGGCGAGCAAAUUUUAAUCAAUGCUGAAAUAUGUAACAUGUCAAACCGAGAUAUAACCAGUUCAAAAGCAUCACUAGACAUGGUUAUUUCUUUUCAUGCAGCGACUAAAACAAAAACUGAGCGUAAAAAUGUCACAUCCGUGAUGCAAGGAGGUAUUCAGCCUGGGGAAAGUGACUAUUGGAACCAAGUAGCUCUUCAUAUCCCACCAUUGCCACCAUCCCAUCUGAUGUACUGUAACAUUAUUGACAUUGAAUAUAUAUUGACGUUUUCUGUGUCAGCGUCGAUGGCUGUGUCUUUAAAACUACCAAUGGAAAUAAUUAUUGGAACCAUUCCAUUAGCAACUUACAUGCCUCCUGCUCCUUCAGCUGGACUGCCUGCUCCAAGCCAGUAUAAUGCUGGGGGAUAUGCAACCCAGUAUGGGUCUCUUUUACCCAAGACGUCUUAUCCAGAACCCAGUGCAACACCCAUAGGCACUGGUGCCAGUUCCAUUCCUUCAGCUCCUCCAGCAUAUGAAGAAUGUGUCUUUGGCAAAGUGAACAUCUCAGAUGAAGGGGAUGACAAAUACACACAAGGGGAACUGAACUUUGCUCCUGCUUAUCCUUACUAUAAUUUCCCCUCGGCACCACCGUUACCAGAACAGCCGACAGACAAAGCAUGAAUGGAACUGUAUCAUUAGAAUUCUUACCAAAGAAGAAUAUUUCCUGAUGAAGACAAUUUCUUAUUCAGUUUGAAUGCUUUGUUACCAUUUCACUUGUUAAUGUGUCUAUAUGUUAGCGUGUGUGUGUGUGUGUGUACAUACGCAUGUGUUUAUGCAUGCAUGCAUGUGUGUGUAUUUGUCAAUGUCUGAUUUCUUAUAAACAAGCAAUAUUGUCUUAUUUCUGCAUACAUGUGUGUGUCAUUGUCAAUAUGUAUAAAUAUACAUGUGUAUAUGAAUAUGUGCAUUUGUAUUAAAAUAUGUGAGUGUGUGUGUGCAUGUGAAGUCUAAAGGUUUCGCUUCCUGAGAAAGACUAUGGGUAGACCCUGUCUCCUCAGAAAAAUUGUUAAUAAAAAUAUUUUUUAAAUCUUUA